AUGGACUUCGUGUGCGGGUUUCCCAAGGGCGUUCACAAGAAUACGGGUAUUAUUGUGUUUGUUGAUCGGUUCAGCAAGAUGGUGCAUCUUGUUGCUGUACCGGAUUCUAACACAGCCCAGGGCGUUGCGCGUGUCUUCAUCGAUACUAUCUUCCGACUUCACGGUUUACCCCGUGAGCUCGUGUCCGAUAGGGAUCCCGCUUCACAGCGGAGUUCUGGCGAUCCGUGUUCCGUUUACUUGGAACACGUUUGA